AUGGCGUACAUCGACUACAAGAAGGCAUACGAUUCAGUACCCCACUCGUACCUAAUUAAGGUACUAGAAUUGUAUAAAAUAGACGGUGGCAUCAUCAGGUUAAUGAAGCACGCAAUGGAAAUGUGGAACACUUCACUCCACACUACCGACGGGAUAGAGGUGUUACGAUCCAGAACUCUCAGCAUAAAAAGAGAGAUUUUCCAAGGCGAUACAUUCAGUCUGCUAUGGUUCUGCCUUGCGAUGAACUUCCUCAGCAAAGCACUUAACCGAAGCAGCUAUGGCUACCAAUUGAAAAGUGGGACAACGAGUACAAAAAUUACCCACACCUUCUAUAUGGACGAUCUGAAGCUGUUUGCGGAAACUAUGGAGAAGCUGCGUCAUUUGUUGCAGCUGGUGACAACUUCAGCAACGAUAUUCGGAUGGAGCUUGGCGUCGACAAAUGUCGUCUCGUAA